GCAGAGCUACAGUUCCUGAUAGAUCUCUGCAGCUUCAGUGAAUCAGAUCCAUCUAAGAGGAGCAGAGAUCUGAGCAGAGGAACCAAGUGUUCUGGUGAACACGAGAGACGAGCUGCAGUCUGCAGUGUUCUGAGAACACUGAAUCAAGAUGAGAUGAACCAAAGGACACAGAGGAUGUGAGCAGCUCUGACUGUCCUGACGUUUGGCAGACGCUUGUUAAAGGAUCAUAAGAUCCGACUGGUGGCAUCAUGCUGGCUGCUGCUCCUCACCCUGGUUUCCUGCAGGGGGCGGAGUCAUUUGCAUGGUCUGUGGUCGUUCUGAUGGUCUAUCUGCAGCUUAACCCCGUCCGGACCGGCGCCUGCCCAUCCCGGUGCCUUUGCACCUCAGACAUCCUGAGCUGCUCGGCCCUGGGUUUAGAUCAGGUCCCCAUAGAGCUACCAGUCUCUACCGUCACCCUGGACCUAAACCACAACCAGAUCCUCCAGCUGGAGGAGGACAGCUUCCAGGGGCUUUUCCAGCUGGAGGUUUUACGUUUAGCACACAACCAACUAACCACAAUCCAACCAGGAGCAUUCAGGAACACCUCUGGGAGUCUACUCAGACACCUGGACCUGUCAUCCAAUCAGCUGCACAUCCUGAAGCAGAGUUAUUUCCAGGAACUGGCUGGACUGGAGGAACUGCUGCUGUUUAACAACCGGAUCAUGCACGUGGAGAGCACUGCCCUGUCUGGACUGAAAAACCUCCAAAAGGCCUAUUUUAGUCACAACCACCUCACCGACUUCCCUUUCUUCAGCAUCCAGAAGCACAGCCACCCCCAGCUGGCUCUGCUGGACCUGUCCUCCAACCGGCUGCCCAAACUUCCUCUGGCGGACAUCUCCAAGCUGCCCCAGUCCCUGCAGGAGGGACUCUACCUGCACAACAACUCCCUGAUGUGCGACUGCUCCAUGUACUUCCUGUUCAGGGCCUGGGAGCAGAAAGGCUUCGCCACCAUUGAGUUCUUCAGACAGGAACACGUCUGUCUGGUCUAUGGGAUCCAACGCAGCGGGAUCCGGUUCUUUCUGCACAGGCGCUACUUUGAAAAAUGCAACCUGACGGCAGUGACAGAGCAGGAGGCCAGCGUGUCGGUUAAGUCGGGGGCGCCGCUGCUCUUGCACUGCAUCACGUCUCUGUCCGGGCGCAGCGUCACCUUUUUCUGGCUCGUUCCGAGCCUGGAGUACGUGGUUCCACCCGGAAACAACGAAUCCUUAAAGAUGUUUCCCAACGGCAGCCUGGAGAUCGUGGCAGCCCGAGAGCAGGACUCUGGGAUCUAUGUAUGUAUGGCUAAGGACCGGCAUCGGAACGAAUCCCAGGAAGUCAACGUGACGGUGCUGCCUCACCAUGAUAUGGGGGUCCCAGAGCCCUUCAACACAGGCUUCACCACCCUGCUUGGCUGCGUGGUCAGCCUGUUGCUGGUCCUCAUAUACCUGUACCUGACCCCCUGCCGCUGCCCCCCCUGUCCCAGGCCCCGGCCCCCGGUGAACACCACCCUGAGCCAGAGCAAAGAGGGCGGGGUAGGCAGUGCCCAGUCCUCCAUCCUCAGCCCAACCCCACCGACAACCACUGAAGGCCCGGGUCGCAAGGUCAGUACCAACAAGCAUGUUGUGUUUCUGGAGCCAAUCAGAGAGCACCAGAACGGCCGGCUGAAGCCAGGGCCGGGCUUACUGCUGCGGGCAGAGCCACAGCAGCGAGCCGGGGAGACCGACUCUUACGUGUCCGUCUUCUCUGACACGCCCAUCAUGUUACCAUAGCACCAGGACUCGCAUAGAGACUCGUACAGCCCUCACCACUUCCUCCCAGCACCUACUCCUCCCCACCACCUCCCAAACACAGCAGACCCGAGCACUGCAUCCCCACCUUCCCAACUUGCUCUAAGUGCAAUUCUGACCCAGAUUACUGUUAGCUCAGGGCUGCCUACUGAGCCCCAGAACCGGUGCACUGUGAUGGGUCGGGCUUAAACCUACAGAACCACUAGAGUCCAGACCAAAGACAGAGUACCCCGUCCAGAGCGGAUCUCGGGGAUGGAAGGAGCAUGAACCGCUGCUAAACACGUCCCUUUAAGCAAGGCUUGUACCUUUAACAGAACCGAUGCCUUUGAGUCUCAGACAGAAAAAUGUUUUUUAAAGUUCUGUAGCCUCCAGCUUUUGUUUACCAGACCAUCAUGUAGAGUCAGGUGUCUGUGUGACAGUUCUAGACCAAUGUGCAGCAGAGAGAAAACUGUUAUAGAGUAGAGAUAGAGACGAAGAACAUUUAGUAAAUAAAACCGUUUUAAAGGACGGUCCGUUUAUCUGCCUGUAGGAACCUGAUUACAGCCACAAAGCAGCUGGAAAAUUAAACCUUCAGCUGAAAUCAUUUCCACCGUCCAAAGGUUCACUUCUCCACACAGUCCAAGCAAGACAUUUCUGUGUUUUUAUGGUUUCACUGCAUCCACUGCACCUUGUCUUGUCUGUAUCUGUAUUAAUAAACCUCCAUAUCCAA